AGGCGAAGUGUGCAGCCAGGAGGAUUGACUCCUCACGCUUCCCGUAGCAGGUUGGUUUGCUCCAACAUGGCUGCCAUGAGGAGCUGGGUGACUCCUGGUUGCCUAACAAGAUGUUUCCUGAUACAGACUGGACAACAGAGCCGAGGCAGCAUCACCAUCUCACACAUAUGGAAGCACCGGUUACUCCAGAAGUCCCAUCUGCACACAGUGUUUGAGUGUCGCAGCCCUGCCGCCAGGACUCUGCUGGGCCGCAGACAACAUGGGAAGUUCCUCUGGGUGAACGCCGUGGCAGUCAGGCACAACAGCUCACAGAUCCCACCUGAGGAUGGAACCAUGGCAGAUCCAGUCCUGCAGUCCUCCCCCGUCUCUCUGCACGCUGACCCCGUCAUCGCACACCCGAUCACUGAACAGAUCCAAGUUGAAACCGUUUCCAUGUCAGCACCACUACUGGACAUCUCUCCUCCUCCUCCUCCUCCACCAGUCUUGGAUUCCUCCCCUGAGCUUUUGUCCGCUGACCCCGCCGCUGUUUUCUCGCAGAUGGCUGACGCUGCACCGACUGCAGUGGAGGUCCUACAGGCCGCGGCUACAGAAACCAGUUUAGCGGAGCUGGGAUUGGCCGCCAAUACACCAGUGGGGCUGAUCCAGAACUUGUUAGAGUUCAUGCACGUGGAUCUUGGUUUGCCCUGGUGGGGGGCCAUUGUUGUAGGAACGGUGUUGGCUCGUCUGGCUGUGUUUCCAGUCAUAGUGAAGGGCCAGAGGGAGGCAGCCAAGCUGAACAAUGUCAUGCCCGAGAUGACCAAACUCACCAACAGGAUGAAUGAGGCCAAACAGAGUGGAAACAAAUUUGAAUUUGCCAGAGCCUACUCUGAGCUGAACUUGUUCCAGAAGAAGCACGAUGUAAAUCCUCUCCGCGGCUUCCUAAUCCCUAUGGUGCAGGCACCAGUCUUCGUCUCUUUCUUCAUCGCGCUGAGGAAGAUGUCCUAUCUGCCGGUGCCCAGCAUGCAGACGGGAGGCCUGCUCUGGUUUACAGACCUGACGGCAGCAGACCCUUUUUAUAUCCUGCCUCUGGCUGUCACUGGAACCAUGUUCUUCAUCCUAGAGUUGGGCGCAGAGUCCGGUAUCGACAACCCCAACCUGCGAGCCAUGAAGACUGUGUUCAGGAUCAUGCCCCUUGUCAUCCUCCCCCUCACUAUCAACUUCCCCACGGCGGUGUUUACCUACUGGCUGACCUCCAACUGCUUCUCCUUGGGUCAAGUGGCCCUCCUAAGACACCCCUUAGUCAGAGAGAGGUUUAGGAUCCCGGAGAGGAUCAAACACCCGACCUCCGACCUCGCCCAAAAUGAGGGCUUAAUCGAAACCGUGAAGAAGGGCUGGAAAAACGCUCAGCUGGGCCAGCAGCUGGAAGAGAGAGAACGAAGAAUCAAAAAUCACCUGGACCUCGCUGCUAAAGGUCCACUGAGGCAGACUUUUACUCACAAUCCCCUCCAGCAGCCCCCACCCAUGACUGCAGCAUCAGCUAAAGACAAGCAAGGUAGUGACAAGGCGAGGCCAUGGAAGGACACUAUUGGAUAGAUGAGACAUUAUAAUGAUUUAUGUACAUAUUUAUGGAUGGAAGAGAGGACAGUGUGGGAAAGGAUUGUCAUUAUGUAUUAUUCUAAUUAAAAUCUGCCUCAAAACAACCA